UUCCGCUCCUCUUCCGCAUUUCGCCGGAAGGCCUGACGCUACUUCCUGCCGCUUCACCGCCAAUUUACGAGACUUUCCUCCGUAGAAACACAACAUACGCGCUUUUUAAUGUCAGCAGCAGCGGCCUCGGGUUAAAGAAUCACACUUUGUUCCUCUUGUUUCUAACUUGACCGUGGCGGGAGUUUCAAAGCCUCAGACGCCGCGGUGACGUUAGACACAGUCCGCUCUUACACACUUGCUGCAAAACCGCGAGGGGGAGGAGUCAGGGGAGGAGUCGCGCACACGGCGAGUGAGUCCAGCUCUGUGCAAACUGUCUGUGUGAUAAAUAAGGAAUAGCGGACUCGAGGUGAUGAAGUGAGACUAGAAGAAGUGACACAGACAGGACGAGAUACACGAGGACUUCACUAGGCGCCAAUUUGAUAUCUCGACCCAGGCUCUCGGACCGACCAUGCUGCUGCAGAGGUUGACCCUGUGCCCGAGGAUCCCGUCGGAGUCCCUGAGACACGUACGCUGCCUGCUCACCCGACCACAGACACAAGCUCCCCAGGGCAGGGCCCACGGCAGCUCCUUCGCCCACCGCGGUGAACUCCGUCAUGCCAAGAGGAUCGUAGUCAAGCUCGGCAGCGCUGUGGUCACCCGUGGCGAUGAAUGUGGGCUGGCGCUGGGGAGGCUGGCCUCCAUUGUGGAGCAGGUGGCCAUGCUGCAGAAUCAGGGCAGGGAGAUGAUGAUUGUCACCAGUGGAGCCGUGGCCUUUGGAAAGCAAAGAUUAAGACAUGAGAUCCUGCUGUCACAGAGCGUCCGACAGGCACUGCACUCCGGACACAACCAGCUCAAAGACAUGUCCCUGCCAGUGUUGGAGGCGCGGGCCUGUGCUGCAGCAGGGCAGAGUGGCCUGAUGGCCCUUUAUGAGGCAAUGUUCACCCAGUACAGCACUUGUACCGCACAGAUCCUCGUUACGAAUCUGGAUUUCCACGAUGACCAAAAGAGGCAGAACCUGAACAGCACACUGCAGGAGCUGAUGCGCAUGAACAUCGUGCCCAUCAUCAACACCAAUGACGCGGUGGUGCCCCCUCCGGAGCCCAACAGCGACCUGCAGGGGGUAAAUGUGAUCAGCAUUAAGGACAAUGACAGCCUGGCGGCGAGGCUAGCUGUAGAGAUGAAGGCUGACCUGCUCAUCGCGCUGUCUGACGUGGAAGGACUGUACAACAGCCCUCCUGGGACAGAUGACGCCAAGCUCAUUGACAUAUUCUACCCCGGAGACCAGCAGUCCAUCACUUACGGUACAAAGUCCAGAGUUGGGAUUGGAGGCAUGGAGGCGAAGGUCAAGGCUGCGCUGUGGGCACUGCAAGGUGGCACCUCAGUGGUCAUUGCAAACGGAACCCACCCCAAAGUAACGGGUCAUGUCAUCACUGACAUCGUGGAGGGCAAAAAGGUGGGAACCUUCUUCUCCGAGAUCAAACCCGCUGGCCCAACUGUGGAGCAGCAGACAGAAAUGGCACGUAACUCUGGAAGAACCCUGGCAACUCUUCAACCAGAGCAGAGGAGUGAAAUCAUCUGCCAUCUAUCAGAGCUGUUGACUGAAAGGAAGGAGGAGAUUCUGGCUGCCAACAAGAUGGACAUGGACCUGGCUGUUAAUGCAGGCCUUUUGCCACCAGCAAUGCUCAAGCGUCUGAGUCUGUCAUCAGCCAAACUUAACAGCUUGGCCAUAGGUCUGCGCCAGAUAGCUGUGGCAGCCCAGGACAGCGUGGGCCGUGUGCUGCGCAAGACCAGGGUGGCUCACAAUCUGGAGCUGGAGCAGAUUACUGUGCCCAUCGGAGUUCUGCUGGUCAUCUUCGAGGCCAGACCCGACUGCCUGCCACAGGUUUCAGCAUUGGCCAUAGCCAGUGGUAACGCUCUCCUUCUGAAGGGUGGAAAGGAGGCGGCCAACACGAACCGUGUUCUCCACCAGCUCGCCCAGGAAGCCCUCGCCAUGCAUGAUGUCAGAGAGGCUGUGCAACUGGUGAGCACUCGGGAGGAGGUGGAGGAUCUUUGCCGACUGGACAAAAUGAUCGACUUGAUUAUUCCUCGAGGUUCAUCCCAGCUGGUGAAGGACAUCCAGCGAGCCGCCAAUGGCAUCCCGGUGCUGGGUCACAGCGAGGGAAUCUGCCACGUCUACGUCGACGCAGAGGCCUCAGUUGACAAAGUUAUCAAGAUUGUCAGAGACUCAAAGUGUGACUACCCAGCUGCGUGUAAUGCCAUGGAAACUCUGCUGAUUCACCGAGACAUCCUGAGGACCCCACUCUUUGACCAGAUCAUUGACAUGCUGCGCACUGAACGGGUGAAGAUUCAUGCCGGCCCUCGGUUUGCCUCCUACCUGACCUUCAGCCCAUCAGAGGCCAAUUCUUUGCGGACAGAGUAUGGCGAUCUGGAAUGCUGCAUGGAGGUGGUGGACAGCAUGCUCGAGGCUGUGGACCAUAUCCACAAAUAUGGCAGCUCUCACACGGAUGUCAUCGUCACAGAAAAUGAGGACACAGCGGAGCAGUUCCUGCAGCAGCUGGACAGUGCUUGUGUUUUCUGGAACGCCAGCUCACGCUUCGCUGAUGGAUACCGCUUUGGACUGGGCGCAGAGGUUGGCAUUAGCACCGCGCGUAUCCAUGCCCGGGGCCCCGUGGGCCUGGAGGGGCUGCUCACCACCAAGUGGGUCCUGAGAGGUGAUGGGCACACAGCGGCGGACUUCUCUGAGCACGGCACCAUGAAGUACCUCCAUGAAAACCUGCCUGUUGUGCAGCCUCCAGCUGGACAGAGAGACAGCAACUAGACCAGAGUUUGUUUGCUACACUCUCUCAAGGAUUUGCUUUACUCAACAGCAGCUCCCGGCCGGAUAAAUGGCUCAUGUCAUUGUUUAAAACCGCGCACAACAAGGAGAGGGACGCUCCAGAAAACAGUAUCAGUACAAGCAGAAAGUUGUCCAAGUUCAGAUUAUACUGUUGUUCAAUGACUAACUUCUACCUCAGCUUUCCAGUAUUGUGAGUUAGGAAAACUUGCCCUCAUCACAACAACACACAAAACCUCUAAUUGGAGAAACUGUGACCAAGAAGGACAUUAACUAACAUGACUUUCUUUCAAGACAAAGUAAACACAGAAUAUUAAAGAAAACUGAAAUUCUUGAUAAUUAUUAUUUUUAUGGGAAAAAAAAGCAAUCUCAGGACAUCAUUUUUAUUCCGGACGUUGAUUCACAAGCCUAAGUUACAAGCCUUAUUAACUGUGUUUACACUGAACCAAAGCUGGCAUAAUGCUGCCCUUCUGUAUAAUUUUUUUGUAGCAUGUUGGUGUUGGGGAAUCAGAGACAUGACAUUUAACUCUCCCUUCAUACAGACUUCCAUCCAGCUCUGUGAACUCCACUGUCGGCCAGUUGCGGGAACAACAACGUUCAUGCCUUUCUAUUAGGAACAGUGAGGCAAAAGAAAGUCACAUUCCCGUCUUGACCAGGUUUUGUUUAAGGGCUACAGAAAACCUUUAAUUUCCUCCAUGAAAUCAUCAGGAGAUAAGGCAUUAAGCAUCAGUACCAAAAUGUACAUACUUUUGCCAGUUUUAUUGCGUAAAACCACCAAAAGCUUAAUGUAUCUGGUCAGGGGUCAUCCAUAGUUGGUGAUUCUCCUGAGCCAAAACACAGUAUUAUAAGGAUUGACAUGUAUUUUUAUCUAACAUUUUGUUGAUGCAACCUAGUCCAUUAUAUAAAAAGAAAUCAAGUUGCGCUUAUGAUUGUACAUAUUCUUAUUGUACUGCUUUGGCUCAUUGCCCACAAGAUUAAUACUGUUUGUACUGUGAUUUCUCUUUUUCAUAUAACAUUUCAACAUUUUUAUUUCCUUUCUCAAAUUCCAGGAUUACGUUUUACUGUAUAUAUCUUAAUUUACAGGCAUUUUGAUUAGCCGAGGUGCUGGUUUCAUACCACUACAUGGAGACAUUUGACAAAUAACUGGUCUGAUUCAAACCUUCCGGAUUUCCUGUAUCAUAUUUGAUACAGAAGUAUAAGAAGUUGUGUUGUACCGCAACACAAGUGUGCACUUCAACUUGAAAUGCACCAGUUUUAUUUACAAUUGUAUUUAUUUGAUCAUUGUUAGAAGUUCUGCUCAUUUUUCCAAUGCUUUGCUGUUUUCCUGUUUGUACCUUGUGGCGCCCAAAGCCUCUUUCAGAGCAGGAACAGUAAUUGACAAGCUGCCUUCUUCAAGCUGGAGGGGAAAAUGCAGCUGCUUUUAAAUUAAGCUCUGCAACGUUUCCAGCCUCUGAGCUCCAAUCUGAUGUCUGGCAAUGCACACUUAAUGACCGGUUUGGAUUGUUUAAUAGCAGUACUGUAGAAUUAAAAAGAAAAUUGUUGAAAAAGAA